AUACAUAAGUUAUCUACCAUUACCAAGGAAGAGGUGGAGAGGGAGAGCAUCAAGCUCUUGUUCCUGACUAGACCAGAGAACUGUUUAGCUGAUCUUGAUAGCUGUAUGACAGUCUUUCGGUCCAAUCAUUACGCUCCACGCCAGUCAUAAAUGGAAGAGAAAGAUUGAGCAAUGAGCGGUAGUGGGCCAUAAACUGGCACGAGGCAUUCAUGGAUUGUCCUGUGAGUCUGUGACUGUGUGAGAGAGAGAGGGCCCAUGUUUAUCUGAAGGUUCUCAUAUGAAACAUAAUUUCGAGUUGCCAUUCGGUCUCUCUCUCAACUCUCCCACCGCUCCUGUCUCCCUUCAAGAAGCGGCAACUCUCUCUCUCUCUCUCUCUCUCACCAGUCACCACCGCUGCUGAGUUCAAAACGGCAACCAGUCGCCAACGCGGUGAUACCUCUCAAGCCCUAACAUAAUCCGCCGAAGAGCCAAUCUUUCCCUUUCAUCACCGCCAAACAGAGAACUUACUUGAGUCGUCUUCAGGAGACGGGUAUUCUUCCGUAAAGGCAUCAAGGCCUCCAGGUUGUAUUCCGCUCAGUCAUUUGAGCUUAGUAACUUACAGCAGAAAACGAAAACCUGUUUCUGUCGUGUUCGCCGGUUUUCGCUUGCUUGUGUGGUAGGAGAGCCGCUAGCUGUGUGAUGGCUGCGGCAGCUCGGUCAAUUGCCGGGUUCACAGAGCCUGUCAAGUAUGGUGUUUCGCUAUCGCCAGUUUCAAUCCGCCACUCCCUUGCCUCAGCUCGUUAUGGGUACCGGAUUUGCUCGCUGUCCAUGAAUGGAUGCGAAGGAGACCCAAAAAUCCCAAUCGGAACUGUUGAGACCAGGACGUUUCCGGCGGUUGGAACACCAGCAAUGGCUAUGGACAGGCUCAACUGGGCAAUCUCUGAGCUGAAAUCAGAUCCACCAGGUUUUAGUUCCGGAAUUAUCCGUCUUGAGGUGCCAAUUCAACAACAAAUUGAGGCCAUUGGUUGGCUCUAUGCUCAGCACCCACUUCCUCGUUGCUACUUCUCUGGUAGAAAACAGAGUAACCCUUUGGAUUUUUUCUUGGAUUUUACCAAUGGAGAUUGCCAAAACCCAAGGGGACACAAGUUGGUUAGCGUUGCUGGGGUGGGGUCCGCUGUCUUCUUCCAGCAGUUACAUCCUUUUUCAUUAGAUGAUUGGAAGUGUAUAAAAAGGUUCCUCUCUAGAGAUUGCCCUUUAAUUCGUGCAUAUGGGGCUAUCCGGUUUGAUGCAAGGACCAAAAUCUCAUCCGAGUGGGAAGGUUUCGGUUCAUUUUACUUCAUGAUUCCUCAGGUUGAGUUUGAUGAACUUGAAGGAAGUUCUAUGCUUGCUACCACCAUUGCAUGGGAUGACACCCUUUUGUGGACUUGGGAAAAUGCAGUAGGCAUGGUUCAAGCUACAAUGAGCCAGAUCUCUUCCUUUGUUGCAAAGUUACAAAAGGAAGUUCCAAAUGGAUUCAUCCUCAGCAACUAUCAUGUUCCUAGCAAGGCAUCUUGGGAUAUUGCUGUUAACAGAGCUUUGCAGAUGAUAAAUAGUGGUAAAUCAGGACUGAUUAAGGUUGUACUUGCAAGGAGUAGCAGAAUUGUUUCUACCAUUGAUAUUGACCCUAUAACAUGGUUAGCUUGUUUGCAGGUUGAAGGACAAAAUGCAUAUCAGUUCUGUAUUCAGCCACCUGAUGCACCAGCAUUUAUUGGAAACACUCCAGAGCAGCUAUUUCACCGGAAGUGUCUUAGUGUCUGCAGUGAAGCUUUAGCUGGAACCCGUGGUAGGAGUGGAUCAGAGGCUGUAGAUCUUCAAAUAGAACGUGACCUACUCUUCAGCCCAAAGGACCAUCUUGAGUUUACUAUUGUGCGAGAGAACAUUAAAAGAAAUCUAGAGCUUAUAUGCAAGAUGGUUUUAGUGGAACCAAAGAAAGCAAUUCGAAAACUUCCACGUGUACAACAUCUCUAUGCACAAUUGUCAGGCAGAUUAAGAAGUGAAGAUGAUGAGUUUGACAUCUUGAAUUCUCUUCACCCCAGUCCAGCAGUCUGUGGAUUUCCUACAGAACAGGCACGCCAAUUUAUAGCUGAAACUGAAAUGUUUGAUCGGGGAAUGUAUGCUGGCCCUGUUGGUUGGUUUGGAGGAAGAGAGUCUGAAUUUGCAGUAGGAAUUAGAUCAGCCUUGGUGGAAAAGGGUGUUGGAGCAUUAGUUUAUGCUGGUGCUGGUAUAGUGGAAGGAACAAAUUCAUCUUUGGAGUGGGAAGAAUUGGAACUCAAGACAUCCCAGUUCACCAAGUUGAUAGAAUGUGAAGUGCCUCUUUCUUGACACCAAGAACGGUUUUUCUAAGAUUCCAACGGAAAAGACUGAUCGGAACAUGGUUAUGCUGGUCUUGCAAAGGGGCCUUUACAGUAGUACUUCAUGACCUGCCUUGGAUAUUGUUGAUGUCCAUUUUUUACAGAACAUUUAAAUAUUAAGAUAGUAUGCUGAUAUCUUUGAGAAUGUAAAUCUUGGUACUUAACAAGAAAGGGAAUUGAGAAGCGUUUCUGCUCUACACUGUUGCAGCGCUGAGAGAAUUUACCUGUAAAUAUUUACAGUUGCUCUAUAAAGAGUUUUGGUGUGUGGUGGUAGUAAUUAUCCUUCUAGAAAGGAGCAUCAGAAUCUUCAUCAAAGAGGAUGUCGCAUGAGUUAAUCAAGGUUAAACUAUCUUUAGCAGCAGCUUCAGUAGAAUAUCUGCCUGCCAACCGGGAGUGAAGGAUUGGAGAUCUUUUCUAGCAUAUUAACUCGGUUUCAAGUAAAUGAAACUGUUUUGAGUUGCUUUUCUUUGGUUUCCACAUUUAUUAUUGGUUGAUAAGGUUUUGUCAUCUUACAUUGAAAUUCAUUGUUUUGUAAACCGCCCAUUGGAUGCUCGUUUGCUUGAAGGAACAAUUAUUGAAUAAAUAAAUAAAUAGAUCAUAUAUUCUUCA